CUAACACAUCACAUCAACAGCCUAUUAGUGGCCACUGCUGACCAAAGGCCACUUCUCGCACGGAGAAGGUUUGAGCAUUAAUCACCAUGCUCAAUGCUUCUACGUGGAGGACUAAGGGGAGGCCUUUGUUCAACAGUGGAAAUCUUCCGGCUAAUGAUGAUGAUGGUUGUUCAAUGCGGAUUGUAUACUUUUUCCACUCUAAAAAUCUAACCCUAAACUUCGUAUUGUGCUGUCGCACUUGUGACCAAUCAACUAACAAGGCAUGUUUUGUCAAUAAACAAUCAAAAUGUAAGGAAUAUUAAGCACAAAUAAAUAGGUCAACUCCUUAGUAACUGUUCGUUACCAUAGCAACGGUAUAGUUUACUCAAUACCACUACUAAAGCAGUACACUCACACGUGUGCUACUAAAGUUUGAAGAAAGACAAUAAAAUAAAAUCUAAAAGAAAUAAUAACAUCUACAUUUGACGAAGAUUCAGAUACAUUGAACAAAAUUAUCAAGCAAAUACAACUUCACUUAUCAAACGCUUAAGAAGGAUCGAAGAAAAACCAAAAAAAUGACAACAGCAGAGAAAGGCGACUACCUCUCAUUUGGCGACAGAAACAACGGACUAUCAACGAUAAAAACAUGGCAUGAACACAACCAAAUGGUCUUAAAAGGCGACAUAAUACGCACCACUGACAAAAACACUGCGAUCACCAAAAACAGCAUCAUAAAAGUCAACCACACUUCAUGCGAAGAUUACAGCGACAGUACCGACCAGUUAAAACAUAGGGCAAGACACAUAAACUACUGGAAAGCCGAACUAGAAAGGGCUAUAAGAGACAUGGACGCGGAAAUCAACGUACUAGAAGCACAGAGGCAACAGCUAAAGAACGCAAUGGACACUUUGAGAAUACCAGAAUAUAUUAACGAAGAAUGUUUAGACUUGAGAAGAAUGCGAAUGCAAUCCGAUUUAAUAUACGACGAGCCACAAGAAGAUUUGUUUACUGAAUCCGCGUUGAUAGAAAACGUUAAGAAAUUGCAUAGAGAUUUGUUAAGGGAUGUUGAGUAUCAAUUGGAUAUGAAUGUGGCGUCCAAAAAUUGGCUGGAGAGGGACUGGAGUGAUAAGCAGUUGGCGUUUAAGUAUGAGAGUGAGAAUGCUUAUUUGGAGACUAAAGCUGUUAAUGUUAAAGAUUCUGCGGGCGCUACUCGGCUUUCUGAAGGCCAAUCAAACGUACCAUCAUGGGAACAAUUCACGAUAAACGCAUUAAACGAAUUCAAAAUAUCGAUCGACAAAUCUAAAGCUUUGCGAGCCAAAGUGGACGCCGUACUAAUAAACACAUCCAGGGAUCUUCGUUCACAAGACAUCAAAGUGAACAACUCGCUAAGCGAAAGGAUCGCUCGUACGGAACAAGUGAAGACGGAACUAGAAAACCAGUUAAAGUUGACCCUUGAAAAAAUAGUCGAGACAGAGAACAUUCUAGAGAUGUUACACGAAGAAAUGCUGAAGGUAUCGCAGAGAAUACAAGUGGCGCAGACAAGAUUGAACACUAAAAACUGUAGGCCUAACGUCGAGAAUUGCAGAGAAGGGUCUUUGGUAGCGUUGAUAGAAGAAGUCAGGGAUUUGAAUGAUAGUAUGAGUUUGUUGCAAAAGCGUUCGUUGGAGACUGAGAAACUGAGGGCGGAAUUAAUACACGAACGGUCUAUUUUAGAGAAUGAGAUCAUUGUUAAGAAGAAGACGUUACAUUUAGACAAUGAGAGGUGUUUGUUCUUGCGGUCGCAUUACCAGUCUGCUGAGAAAAUGUGUGGCUUCUAAUUAUUUUGCACUUAUAGAAGAUUUUGUAGUUACAUUAUAAGUAUAAUACAUCGCACUUUAAGGCAAAGUGAAUGCACAUUUGAAAAACUGUGGUGAAUUAAAUGGUACAUAUAGCCCAACUAGCAAAAUCAGUACUUAAAACGAUCUCAAGACUACUUUUAUUUUCACUUAUAAGAAACUUGUAGCAUUCUACAAAGCUGGAUUUGGGCGCAGUUAUAAGAUCAGUUAUUUCUAUAUCUAUCUUAUAAUCAACUUAUAAAAUGUUACUAAGCCCUAUAAUAUACUUGCCUAAGCACAAUAGCUUCUAUAAUGUUAUGAGACUACACAAUUACAAGUACAAACGCUCUUGUUAGUAUCUGACAUAAGUAUCUUACUAAAGCAAUCUUGUUUAUAUGGCACUAGUAAUGUACUUAGUUAUUAGUUCUAAGUAUAUUUUAAGAGGUUAUUUUUGUUGUUGCUUCGGGUCGUGGUGCCGGUUGUUCUGUAGUCAUUUAUUUUUAAUAAAAACGUAACUAUUAUUUUGUGUUAUUGUAAAAUAUAACUAAUAAUACAUUUAAAAUAUAGGGUGUGAACCCGUGGGAAAGUCAUAUUUACUGUAAAUGUGUACCAAAAUUUAGUUAAUUUCACAAUGCCCUCCGAAAAAUAGCACAUUAGUAUAUUAUUGUAAAUUAAUUAUUUCAACAAUGUCAUGAAUAUCCGCCAUGUUUUAAAAUUGCUCUUCGUUAAGUACUUUAUAGAAUCAUUAUAGGUAAAUUAGUAUUUGUAACAGUUUCUGUCCAGAUAACUCUCCUCCAUUUUAAAACAAAUUAGGGUUCCCUUGAAGUCUGCCUGUUAAUGAUCGAUUUUCCUUUUUUAGGAUUUAAUUAACAAGAUGGUCGUAUUUCUGAUACGACCAUCUCUGAUGUCGACUGUUUUUUGACAAAAUCUUCUUUGAUUUUACUUACAAAUAUAAGAUGGCCUUGGACAAAUACACAUUUUGUGUUAUCCGAAAGCUGCAAUGGGUGUGGAUUUCCAGUUUAUAUAAACAAUAUGUAUAGACCUACUCAUUUCGUUUGUAGUCAAGAAAACAUAAUAGUUUUAUUGCAUCAAAUCUUUUUUGGUUCCCGAUUUGCUCCCAGUAC